AUGCUCGCUCUUGGUGACAGGGAGAAGAUGGUGGCGCUCCAGCGGCAGAUGCAAGACGAGCAGGCACGGAGGGAGCCGAACUACCUACCACCCAUGUAUGCCAAGCAGGAGGAGGAGAACGUGCUCCGGUCGCUCGGAUUCAGCAGGGAGGAAAUGGCCAGUUACUCGCUUGAGCUUCUGGAGAACCUCCGGUUCAACGACCAGGCAGGACAGCUGAGGAAUUUGUCGGUACGCCUCGGUCUCGCAAAGCGCGGGUCGAUAUACUUCAUUGUUGUCGUCUUGAACACGAACACGGCCUUUCGAGGUUUCCAGCCACCGACGCCCUCGCCACAGGGCCGAGACCCUCGGGAUUUGGCGUACUCGUACCCGGCGGCUCAAAUGCCCUAUCCGCAGCCAACGCCUGUCUCAGCCACUUUCGACCACGGGCGAGCGAGAUCAGCAAGCGAUGGCGCAUACCUUUCGAGACAGCCUGCCACCCCUGGGCAAAUGAUGCCAGGCCUGAGCCCUCGGCUGCCAUCGUCCUACGCCGCAUCGCCCAGCAGGCCGGACUAUCCCGUCGGACAUCCUGCAUACCAGAUCCCCCGCAGCGAGCUGUCCACGGCGCCACACAGUUCGCAGGCCCCAGGAUAUCAGUUGCCUCCCAUCAGACAGCCGGCGCAGUUCCAGCCCCCUGCGCAGACCCAGGCUCAGUCACAGCAGCCUCAGUACCCCCAGCAGCAGGGUGGUCCAUCCGAGCAAGGCUGGCCUCGUGACGAUAGGCAGAGGGUUCAUAUCGAAGGCCUGAUUGACAGGCCGGAUCCCGCUCAUCGGCAUCAAGGUUGA